GACAUGCUCUCGACUCAUGUCCAGACUCAAGUCGACAAAUUACGAGCAAAGGGUAUAACUGGUGAAGGUGUGAAAAUUGCAGUCAUUGAUAGUGGCAUUGAUUACACACACGAAGCUUUAGGCAAGUGCUUGGGACCCAAUUGUUUAGUCGUUGGUGGUUAUGAUUUCGUUGGGGACAAUUUCAAUGGAUCUAAUACCCCCGUUCCUGAUAACGACCCUCGAGAUACAUGUUGGGGACAUGGUACUCAUGUUGCCGGUAUCAUUGCUGCUCAGCCGAAUAAACUCGGCUUUACCGGGGCUGCUCCUAAUGUUAAGCUGGCAGCCUACCGGGUAUUCAAUUGCCAGACUUCUACCACAGACGACGUCAUCAUAGCUGCAUUAUUG